GGCUUGACGACUGAGGGAGGCCUGUACUGCCGAUCAAUAGGCUAUGGUCUGGCUCACAGAUGGACAAAAGAUUGGCGCAGCCUUGACUGCAUUUGGCGUCUUGUUUAUGACAUUGGGCAUCAUGCUCUUCUUUGAUGGCGGCUUGCUAGCGGUCGGCAACAUCUUGUUUAUUGCUGGCUUGACGCUCAUCAUUGGCUAUCAACGCACAAUCGUCUUCUUCGCCAGGCGCGAGAAGCUACGCGGCACCAUCUGUUUUUUGGGUGGUGUCCUGCUCAUCUUCAUCAAGCGGCCCUUCUUUGGCAUUUGCAUCGAGCUCUUUGGCUUUGUCAACCUCUUUGGUGACUUCUUCCCUAUUGUACUCAACACGCUACGGAGUAUGCCUGUCAUUGGUCCUGCGCUACGAGCAUCGUAUGUCGGGCCUUUGCUCGAUCGAAUCGCUGGAUAUCGCCCAUCACCCGUAUAA